CAUAGUGCAAAAGAAAGGAGAAAACCCCUAUGAAUAUGCGGAAGCAAUUAAGGUUUUUGGAAGUUUUGAAGAUAUCACGGUUGAAUCAAUUAAGCCGUUCAUAGUGAAUACCUUAGUAAAUGGUUUGGAUGCUAAAGUAAAAAAAACAAUUGAUGUUAUCCUUACUGGGAUGACGGGAUAA